GUCUGCAGGCUCCGAACCCGCGAUAGCAACCUCUAGCAAGCAGCGGCUUGAAGCUCUGCAGACCCCUGAAAAACAGCCCCUGACCUGAUUCCAUUCACUGAACCUGACAUCUGUCUUCACCUAACUUCGGUCUGACGAGCAUUCCUCUUGUACCUGAUGUUCUGAGUUCAGCAUUGUCUCCGUUUCACAUUUUACUAUACUUAAAAAGCUAUCUUUUAAGCUAUACUUAAAAGGUUGCUUGGUGAUUUACCGAACUGGAGCUCCCUAAGGGGAGUGAAGUCGACAUACCAAGAACAAUACCACUGAGGCAGCUUUGACUAACCGGGAAAGGGUACGAUUGAUUUCUCAAAUUAGAAAACGUGACAGAUCUCCUUUAGAGCUGAGAGUUUAACGAAGAAGAAUGGCAGAUGACGGGAAGUCUGAAGGAAGUGCAGCACAGUGGACGUCAGGCACUGUCCUCGAGGCUGCUUCACAUCAGUUUGCUACAGAUUUUGAAGAGCAGAGUGCUUCAGGUGAAUGUAUAUCCAGAACAGAGAAUGGCUACUCGUUCAGAGACAACCUCGCAGAGGCACAGGAUGGAGGUCAGGCAGCCUACACAGUGUCACAAGCUAAUGGGGUCAAUGGGAAAUUGACUGCUAAAGAUGGAGCAACAGCAGCAUCUGGAAGAAAUUUUGACAUUAAACCAAUUCCUGCACCAGAAGAAGUGAUCUCUGCCAGGAUUGUACAGGAGGUCACAGCUGAGGCAGUGGCAGUACUGAAAGGAGAACAAGUGAAAGACACUGUACCAAGAGAGCAAACUUCAGUAGAAGACUCUGCCAACUUACCACCGUCCCCACCACCUUCUCCAGCAUCCGAGCACUUUGGACCAGCAGAGAAAGAAAAAGUUGUUGAGAGUCCAGCGUCUGAUGAAGAGGAGCCAGCACUAGCUCUUAAGCAAGAGCAUGUCCAAGAGCAGUGGUCUGCUGCGCACUUAGUGCAAGCAGAAGCUGGAGCCCAGGCUCGGGAUUCCAAAUAUAUGGAGGCCACAUCAUCAACUGAAGACAGUGUGCCAGCUGAAAUUCCCAAUGGAAAGGGAAUGACUCUUAGGGAAGUUGAGUCCUUGGAAGAAAUGCCACCUUCUGUAGAAGCCACGAAGAUGGACAAGCUGUCAACAAGUGGAGAAUCCUCUGUUACUUGUGGAGAAAGAUCGUCGUUGCAAGAAGUGUCAGUGACAGAGUUCAAAGAUAAGAAUAUUCCUGAACAGCAAAAAUCUGACCUGCCACCUUUUUUGACACUGGAAAAAUAUAAUGAUGACGCCAUCCAAACAGCGGAGGAAGCCGAUUCCAAGAAGCAGGAUUUAACUUCAGCUGUUUUGCAAACAGAACCUGUUCCUGUUUCAUUCAAGACUGAGCCACGUCGAGAAGACUUAGCGGCUUCUAAUGUUGAAACCGCAACUAGCCAUCAUGCAAAUUCACUGCAGUCCAGUGUUUGUGAAGAUGAAUGCAUCUCCGUGGUGGCAGCAGAGAAUAAAGCUAUCCAUAUGCAGUCAGGUUCUGCCAAGAAAACAGAUGAAAUCAUGAAACCACAAAACAGUCUGGCAGAAGCACUGCCUGGCAAAUCUGUUUCAGUUCAAAGUGAACAAUCUCUUGAUAGUUUUGAAACUCCAGAUUCAUCAAAACAGCCCAGUACAGGGAUUGCAGAUACAGAUAUCUGUAAACAAAAGGCUAUUUCCCCAAAUAUUGAAAUAGCUUCUGCAAAAGAUUCACUGAAGGACAGUGAAGUUACUUCACAAAAAGAGCAAUCAGUUACAGGAGUAACAGUAGCAGACGAUAAUUAUGUGUUACCUCCUCUAGAGGCAAAAAUAGACUUGGCCGCAACCGACACUUCAGUCCCUGAAAGCAAAGUGCAAAUCGUGCUCCAGGAAAAGCAACAAGUACACGAGGAAUUGCAUAUAGACAAAUUACCUGUAAUUGCGCACAGUGCAAUUGAAGACAAACCUGUAGCUUUAGAAGGUUCUAGUGAUAAAAGAAAAGAUACGCCAGAUACAAUAAAGCUGGUUGAAAAUAUAGCGGAUGUAUUUUCAAUGCCAGAGGACAGAUCGGAAUGUGUUGAAUACAGCUCUACAGAUACUGCAGAACAUCAUUUAGAACAUUUGAAUGGAAAACCAACAGUAGAGACAAUGUACAGUACGACAGAGUUAUUACAAACUGAAUACUCUAAACAAGUGUCUGAACAACAACCAACUAAUCUUCUAUUUAAAGAAAUUGAAGCCAACCUUGAGGUAGCAGAAGUUUAUCAGUUGCCUGAUGCUGUGACUGCCCAGUCGUAUGUGGAGGAAUCUAAUCUAAAUGUACAAUGUGGCAUGCAUCCCAUUACAAGUGAUGCCCUUUUAAGUCAAGACUCUAUGCUUGAGAGGAUAAAACAAGAGCCAUGUAGUAUGGAUUCAAAUAUCAAAAAAGUUGGUGAUACACCCAAGAAAACUGAAGAAAAAAGCAUUCAACAAGAGAAAGUUAAAGAGAAAGAAACGGAACCACAAAAUGUGAAGCCAUUAUUGGAUUCAAAUGUUUAUUCUGAUAAAAAUUCCCAAAGCUUCACUAGUCUAACGGUGCAAAAUAAACAAUUUGAGUCCUUUAAUGUGGGCUCAAAAGUCAAGAUAGAGGAGGAUCAACCAGACAUGUCAAAAUAUUUUGAAACAUUUGUUCUGAAAGAUGAUGGGGAAAAUGGUACCAAACCACCUGAAGAUGGUUAUUAUGAAAUGACCAUUACAGAUGAAAACAAUUCAAGACUUCCUCACGUGGUGCCACAAUUCUCGAAGGGCCCACAUGAAAAAUCGGAAGUGGAUGCCCACAAAGUUGAAAAUGAUGUAUCAGCCGAAGGAAUUCAUUAUAGCACACUUGCGCAGACAUCUGUGCCUGUUGAUGUACAGGCUAAAGCGCUGCCUGUUGAAGCUAAAUCCACUGUGGAAAAUGAAACUCAUUUACCUAUUCAGCUGAGCCAUUUGGCCAAAGAGGAGCGCCCCACAGCAAUAUCUCAACAAACUUAUUCUAGUGCUGAUGCAAAUAUUGAUAAAGAACUACAAAAGCUGGUGUUGAAUUUACCUGAAGCAUCUUUGGAUUCAAUAACACUGGAGGUGGAAACAGAGAGCCAAGGUCCCCCAGAAUCUCUGUCUCCCUUGGCUUCUGACAUUCUAGCCUGUACCAGAGGGAUGAGUUUAGAGGAGUCAGCAGAGUUCUUUCCAGUAACUACACCUGCUGAGGAGAAGCAAAUUUAUUUUCCUGUCGAAGUGGAAAAGGAUAAAACUGUAUCUGUUGCUAAAGAGAAAUCAGCCGCGGAAAGCCUGCAAUUAGACUCUCAAUAUGCUUACCCCAGUACUUUGAAAGAUGAUUACAAAAAUGACACUGUUGUGGUUCCUGACCUGCCUGAAAUGUUGGAUUUAGGAGUUACUAGAACAAGACUGAGCUCAGAAGGUACAGAAAUCGAAAUAGUUCGAAGAGCAUCCAUGCCCUGCGAAUCUGCCACCAAAAAUGUAGCUUCUGGCUCAGAGGCUUUAACCGAAAGCAUCAAAUCGAUUAUUAAAAAUGUUAAUCAAGCAGAGGAAAUGGGCUACUGUGUUUUUGAAUACUCUGCUCCCUUACCAACUCCUGAGGAAGUUAAAAGUCCGCUGGAGGAUGGCAGCAUUUUCCUUCAUCAAAUCCGUGCUGCUUCUCAAACUAUAGAUGAGGAAAGUAUUAGAAAGCAAAUAGAUGUAAAUAAGCAGAAAGAAGAUUCCCAUUUUAGAAUUAAUACCUUAUCAGAAGACAGGGAAUUAAAAAUUGCUACUAUUUUGGAAGCACAGUCCGAAGUCAAGACUGAUGAAACGGUUUCGUUAAGUGUUUCAAACCAAGUUACCAAGUUAGUGUCUGAACUAGAUCAUUUACCUGAUGACCAUGCCCAGAGAGAAUCUAGCACUCAAAAUAUAUCCAUUACCAUUGACACUCAGAAAGUUCCAAAAGACAUUUCUCCACUUGAGUUUCCAGAUGAUAAAACCGAAAAUGCCAAUAAAUCUAAUGAUUUGUCUGAUCUACCUAGCAAUGUAGCAGUAUUGGAAACAUCUUUGAAAACCGGAUUUGUUGAAAACAAACCGUCUGAGAAAGAGGCUUCUCCUCAGGAACAUCUUCAAUUAACCAUGGAAGAUGAACCAAGGCACAUUUUGCCCAGCGACGUUACUGUGCCACAAGGGAGUUUCAAACUUAAAACUACCGAUCACCAACCGUCCGAGAAAAGUGUCUCGGUUCAAGAACAAGCUCGACCCAAGAAAGUCUUGGAAGAUAAGCCAAGGCCUACUUUGCCCAGGCAGGAUAAUGUGCUAGAUGUAGAUAUAGAAAUAGACAGCAUAGAUCACACAAUUUUCAAGCAAAUUACUCCUAUUCAAGACUCAGUUCAACCUAAGAAUAUCCCAGAAGAUGCAUCCAGGCCCACAUUGCCCGCUGAGGAGAUUGUGGCAGAAUCUGUUUCUCAGAAAGGGCCUGAGAAAACUGCAUCUACUCAAGAGCCUCCUCAACUUCAAGAGACUGUGGAAUCCAAAUCUAGUCCACUCACUAAGGCUGACAUAUUGGAAACCGGUGUAAAACUGGAGGCUGCCGGUCAAAAUAUAUCUGAGAAAACUGCUCCUAUUCAAGAAAUCACUCCACUUUCAGAAACGACGAUAGUUUCCACUGAGCCUACUUUGCCUAGUGAGGAUACAGUACCUGAAGUAGGUUUUGAAAUGGAGCAAAUUGAUCAGGUAACUGAAAAGGUUGGCCCUGCUCCAGAAACAAUUCAAUCUAAUAAUAUUAGGGAGCUCGAUACCAAGCCCUGUCUUCCCAGUAACAAUAUUGCACCAAGUGGUGAUAUAGAAAUUAUGCAUUAUGAUCACAAAGUAAUUGAAAAAUCCCCUCCUGUGCAAGGAAUUAUUCAAACUGAGAAGGGAGUGAAAGAUGUUGUGAUGCCUGGUUUAUCCAACAUUGUUGCUGAGUGCGUAAUAGCCCCAGCUGAGGAAACCAUGGAAAGCAAAACUGGACCUGCACCAAGUGAAGUUUCUAAAGCAGAAUCCGGUGGUCAGCAAGUCCUUGAAGCUGUUCCAGUGCAAGAACCAGCUGAAGCCCAGAAAACCAUGAAAGAGGAAGUCAAGCCCAAUUUGUUAUUUGACGUUCCUGUGCCAGAAAUUGUUCUACAUGAAGACCCCGGUGACUAUGAAGCAUCUGAAAACAUCCCCGUAGAAGAAACUGAAGAGGAGAGGGGAAUUGUGGAAUCUGUCAUUACAGUAGAAGAUGACAUUAUUACAGUUGUUCAGACCACACUAGAAGGAGGAAAGGACGUAGGUCAUAAUGUGAGGUUUGCCAUGCCCGAUGAUGGUGAUGUUGAGGAUGUUUUUACCCCUAGUGAACAAACCCGGUCAACAGAAGGACAGAUUUAUGAGUCCCCUGCAAAAGUUGUCCAAAUUGCACUGAUCCCGGAAAAAAUUGAAAUCCCUACAGACUUGAAAGAGGACGAGAGCAUUGAUGAAUCUGUAAUGGAUACAGACAGCCUCUGGAUGGAUACUCAAGAUGAAGAGAGUAUCAUUCUAACACAACCAGCUGCUGUUACUAAACAGGAAAAGGCAGAGAAGGAAUUCAUCAGCCUGUCUUCAGACAAACAUAGGAAAGGCAAGGUGUUAAAAACUGGGAAAAACAGAGUUUCCACGCCUGAGAGAAAAAUAAUUAAAAAAGAUAUCAUUACAGUCUCCAAAGAAGACAAGAAAAGGAGAAAAGCCUAUAAGAAGUCUGAACUUACUAAAAAAUCAGAAAUUCAGACCCGCUCUCCUUCCAGGAAAAUCAUUUUAAAACCAGCUGUAAGAUAUCAUAGACCAACUCACGUACCUUGUACUAAGCGGAAGCAGACAGCUUCUGGAAGUGUUGAAGGUGCCUAUGUUAUAGACCAGAAAUUCUCUGUUGCUAAGCAACCCAAGGAGAGAAUGACAAAUUCAUCUGCACUAACAAAGAUUCCUACCUCAAAAUUAUCUUCCCUCCUCCCUGAAAGACCCAAUUCUACUUGUUCUGCUGCUAGAAAAGCCUUUAUUGACCUAGAUUAUUAUCCCACACGACCCUCGUCUGCUGGCCGUAGGGAUUCAUUGACUGAGCAACCCGUAAGAAAGGAUGCUGCAAUGAGGAGUCCAGAGAAGCGCUCUUCCCUACCCCGACCUUCUUCAAUUCUAUCCACCCGCCGGGCUCCACCUGAAGAAAAAGAUGCGCAUUUCGUGCCUGCUACAAGCCCAGUUUAUCCGGCACUGAGACGACCAACAACUAUAAGGACCGAACCUAGAAACGAUCAAAAGGGCCAAGGAGUGACCAGAUCGCGAGCGCAUACUAGUGCAGGGUCUGAACCAACUCGCACCAGAUCAGCAAGAAGUGGUACUGCGACGCCCUCCACUCCUGGAUCAACUGCAGUCACACCUGGCACACCACCCAGCUAUUCCCGUACACCAGGCAGCAGGACCCCCCGCACUCCUGGUACUCCUGGUACACACAAAUCUCCCAUCCUUGUGCCCACAGAACGGAAAGUGGCAAUUAUCCGCACUCCUCCAAAAUCUCCCCUUACUCCAAAGCAACUCCGAGUGAUCAACCAGCCAAUGCCAGAUCUGAAAAAUAUCAAAUCCAAGAUUGGUUCAAUUGACAACCUAAAGCAUCAACCAAGAGGAGGCCAGGUACAUAUAGCAAAUGUAAAACCUGAUUUUAGCCAUAUUCAGCCAAAAUGUGGCUCGCUGGACAACGUACGUUAUUCUCCCCUGGUUGGAAACGUGCAAAUUGUUACUAAGAAAAUAGAUGUGAGUCAUAUCACGUCAAAGUGUGGCUCUUUCAGCAACAUUCACUAUCGGCCAGGUGGAGGGCAUGUUAGAAUUGAAAGUCAGAAACUGGAUUUUAAGGAAAAAGCUCAAUCUAAGGUUGGCUCACUUGAUAAUACACGUCACACUCCAGGCGGUGGAAAUGUAAAGAUUGAAAGUCAUAAGCUUAGCUUUCGUGAGAAUGCCAAGGCUCGUGUGGACCAUGGAGCAGAUAUCAUCACUCAGUCACCAGGGCGAUCUGGUGCCACAACUCCUCAUAGGCUGAGCAAUGUCUCAUCUUCUGGCAGCAUCAAUCUAAUGGAAUCACCACAACUGGCCACACUUGCCGAUGAUGUUACCGCUGCAUUAGCCAAGCAAGGAUUGUGAUUUUGCUGUCCACAAUUUAAAUUGUUUGUAGCAUGUACUUUGGCCCUUCACAGGCUCAAAGUGGGAUUGUGUUUAUUCCUUUCAAUUAAAUAUUGAUCAUGUCCUAAGACUGUAGUGAAUAAAAACAAAAUUUUGUUUCCAUUAUGCCAGGUUUCUGGCUUUAAAUGGGUACAACUGCUGUACAUCACACAUAGCAAUGUUAUUUCUCAGCUCUACUCGCAUGGACUGAUGACAAAUGCAUUUACAAUGUUUAAUGGCUACAGGCAGAGUUGAAAUGGAUCAGAACUCUGAAAGCAGUUGACAUGCUUUAUUCCUAGUUACUCAUUCAAUAUUAAACAAGUUUUUCCAAAUAGGUGAGGGAAGAUGUCUAUUGAUAAUAUUUAUUGCAAGACAAAUAAAUUAUUGCAUACCUGUGUUACCUGGGAAUAAAAGCUGAAGUCCAGAAACUAGUAAUAUAUGUAAAGAAUCCUGGACUUUGAGUUCAGGAAAGAAAAGCAGUCUCGUACGGUAAGCAGCAGGAGUAUUAAUGUCAAAGCAUGACAUGAACACCAAGUUAUUGUGCCUGUUCACAAGGUCAUGGUGUUUGGCAUUUUUACAAAACAAGUUGUAACGAAAAUGGGAAUGAAGUUGCUCAAAACUAUCAUGCAGCUACUUUAAAUAGGAUGCAUUUCCUCUGCUGAGGAUAUGUAUCUGAUUAGAAUGUGUCAGUUCCUUGCUAGAUUUCUGUAUAUGCCUACUUUUCAUAUUCUGUUUGAUCAGCUGUUUGAUACAGUAUAAUAUCCUAUGUGGCGAGUUGUGUUAUCCCUUAUAUACUUGAAGUUAUGCUUUUAUUCACAGUAUCUGUGUUUCUGCACCUUUUGGUGUUACUGUUUAGAAUAAGGUAGCUGUUAGCAGUUAUACUUGUUAGAUUUAUCUCUGAAAAAAAUUAGCAUGAAGAGCUUACUAUAACAACCCAAAGCUAUGACCUUGUUUUAGUGCCAGAUGCAAGUUUGUUGAUGUAUUGCUAGGUUAAAAAGAUUUCAAACAAAUCGCUUUGUAGAGUUUUGAUGUACUGAGGGGGUCACAAUAGCAUUUGGUGUACGCUGUUUUCUGUUUACUUCAUUUGGCAAGCCUAUUUAAGUAGUAGGGGCAUAUGAAAGAAGGUGCUUUUAAAAUAUGUAUAUUAUAUAACGUAUAUAAUAUAUAUAUAGUUGGAGUAUUUUUUGUUCAGAUUUAUUGACUUCAAUUCAGAAUUACUGUAAUCAUACAGUAUUUUCUCUGAAUUUAUAAGUCAUCUCAAUAGAUUUUAUUCUCAAAUUUUAGUUCAAAUUAACAUCUAAAAAGUCCGUUUUAACUGAAGAAGGAAUGAUGAAAGUUUAGAAUGCAAUCUCAGAUGGUGUUGAGAGGCAGUACCUUGUUUCACAGAGCUGGAUAGACAGUAUGUCAGAGCUAACAAAAAUUGUAAUUGAAAGUAUGUUUUGUAAAUGCUGCAGUCUGCUGCCAAGGGUCCAUGCAGAUAUUUAUUAUUGUACUCAAACUGGACAAUGUCUAACAAAUUUUAAACAAAUUAGACCUUUUUUUUCACGAGCCUGUAAAAUGCAUUGGAAAGUAAAUUAAUCUUUUGCUGUAGAAAAUGAUGUAUUUUAAGAUUAUCUGAAUAUGUUGAAAAAAUGCUGCAUAUUUUUUCAUUUUGAAAAUACAGCUUCUAUUGAACAAUACAGGAUACUGUGUAACAGGAAUUAGUGGGAACUUUGUGAAAGUCAGGUAUUAAAUGAAGGUCUGAGGUUUAUGAUUUUAAUUUCCUGCCACGAUACUCCAACAAAGUUUUGAAAAAAAUAUUUUACUUCAACUUUUUACAAGUGAUGAGGGAAAAAAUGGGGCAAAAUAAGAUACUGUGUCCCGGUAUAUGCUGUGGAAUUUUAAUGUGCUUUAGAGAAGGUGUUUCAAGUCCUGUCAUUCUGGAGUCUGUUAAAACAGAAUGAAAUUUUGGGAUUGGCUAGUGUUAGCUUGUACAUGUUUUCAGUCAAAUUUGCACUUGUGUUUGUUGCUGUAGAGUAAUUCCAGAAUAAAACUGCUUCUCA